CUCCCCCGUUGAUUGCUCCUCCAUCCCUCCGCUCUCCAAGGUCGGUUCACUCGAAUUUGUUCGGCUCAGCGUGUAUAUCUUGUAUCCACAGGAUUAAUUCAGCUGGCUGGCUGUGCGGGUUGCCCCUUGUGUGCUGAGUUGUGUCUGUGUGUGUGGUCCCUGCUCCCCUUUUUCCUCUUUCUAUUUUUCUCUCUCCACUUUUCACGUCGUCGCUGUCUCAUCCGUGGAGGAGACCUCCUGCACGAUAACCAUGGAGGACGACAUGUCAGGUCAUUAUCAGAUGCUGGAGGAGCUGGGAAGUGGAAGUUUUGGAACGGUGUACAAGGCCAUUGAAAAGGCUACCGGAGAGAUUGUGGCGGUUAAACAUAUCGAUCUCGAAUCCAGUGAAGAUGAUAUCCAAGAAAUCCAGCAGGAAAUCUCCGUCCUCGCUACCUGUGCGAGCCAAUUCGUGACGCAAUACAAGGCGAGUUUUCUGAGAGGUCAUAAGCUGUGGAUUGUGAUGGAGUAUCUCGGUGGUGGAUCCUGUCUGGACCUGCUGAAACCCGGCGUUUUUAACGAAGCCCACGUCGCCAUUAUUUGCCAGCAACUGCUGCUGGGUCUGGAUUAUCUGCACAGCGAAGGCAAGAUCCACCGCGACAUUAAAGCCGCCAAUGUACUUCUGUCGCAUACCGGAAAGGUCAAGCUGGCGGAUUUCGGCGUGGCCGCACAGUUAAUCAAUAUCAAGUCUCAACGCAACACCUUUGUCGGCACGCCGUUCUGGAUGGCGCCCGAAGUGAUCCAGCAGGCUGGAUACGACUACAAAGCGGAUAUCUGGUCCCUAGGUAUUACAGCGAUCGAGAUGAUCAACGGCGAGCCGCCACACGCCAGCACUCACCCCAUGAAAGUGCUCUUUUUGAUCCCCAAGGAACCUGCCCCCCGCUUGCAAGGCGACGACUAUAGCAACACCUUCAAGGACUUUAUUGCACAAUGCUUGACCAAGGACCCCGACCGAAGGCCGAGCGCCAAGGAGCUUUUGAGACACAAGUUCAUCCGCAAUGCGGGGAAAACGGAGGCUUUACAGGAGCUGAUUCACCGGAGGCAGGACUGGGAUGCUGGUCGGGGUGUGACGCACAAAGUGAAGUAUUAUGCAGAGUCUCUCAAUACGAUUCGAAACCUGGAUGAUGAUGACGGAUGGGUCUUUGAUACCGUGAAAGCUCCCACGAUGGCUAUCCGCGAAGAGCCCGACGACUUUGAGAACGAGCCGGAACCCCAGGACUGGGUGUUUGAUGAAGCCUCCGAGCUGAUGGACGACUUGCACAUCUCUAGCCCACCUAUUCCACCGAAGCAUGCAACGAAUACCGCCGUCAGACGGGCACCGGCCCCCGAACGCAGUCCAUCCUUGCGGCGUGCCAAGCGACGAUCCAGCGGGGUGAAGCAACCUCUGGGGGUGGACAUGAGCUUUGGAAACAGUCCCUCGACCGUUCGUCAAUUCCGUCGGGUGUCGGAUAAGAUCCCCGCCGACGCUUCAUACCCCCCGCAGUAUUCCUACACGGACGAAAAUGCCAGUCCCAAGACGCUCUUCUCGGAGCCCAACAGCAAGGAAGCACAGCUGGGCCGUCGCGCAUACAGCAAGGCGGUGGGACUUGCCUGUCAGGAGGUGUUGGGCACGACGGGAGAUGACGAGAAGCGCGAGGCGAUUUCCCGGCUGGCCGAGGCGUGGAGUGAUCUGGAAAUGAUCGACCCCGAGGGUCUGUAUCACAUCGUGAGGGCGAUGACGGAGCGACUGCAAGGCGACCCCAAGCUGGCCAGCCUCGUCCCACCCGCUCCACCGGCCGAAUCCCCACAGAGGCCGCGACUGGUUCUGGCACAAAACAACCCACAUCUGAAAAGCCAUCGGCGCCGCCAGAGUGCGGCAGUGGCCGAGCCCAACCUGCAGCCGGCGCAGCUGGCGAAUCUCCCGGGCCAGCAAGUGCCGGGGAUGGAGCACACGAAGCAGUUGUCGGAUGUGCUCUAUCAACGAUGGUCGGAAGGCCUCCGCAACCGCUGGCCGGGGAUCUAAACUCCCCCUUGUACCCUUGAC